UCGUGCCGUUGAAAUGUAUCUGAGGAAGGAAAAACAAAGAAGAAGAUCAUAGCUGCAAGCUUGCCGGACGAUCCGGCGACUAAAUUCUACUCAGAGAGAUAGAUAUUCCACUUUUCCGGUGCGUUGCCGAUCAAUUUUCAGUCACCGUUUCGCUUAUUUGAGCUUUGAUCUGAGGCGAACGCUUGAGUUUUAAGGAGUGUCCUCGUUUAAUCGUCGAGCUCUGUUUUCCUUCUUGCCCGAGGAAGCUUUAAGGCUUUUUCGGUGGAUCAAGAGGGAGGAGAUACUUCAUACUUGAGAGAUUCAACCGGAAUUGUGGACUUUUGUUUUUGGGUGCUAGAAUCUGGGUUGAAGAAUGAGCGCAGUCUCGGGUGUGAUCUCGAGGCAAGUUUUGCCUGUUUGUGGUAGCCUUUGCAUUCUUUGCCCUGCCUUGCGUGCAAGGUCUAGACAGCCUGUGAAGAGGUACAAGAAGCUCAUCGCUGAUAUUUUCCCUCGUAAUCAGGAAGGCCCAAAUGACCGGAAGAUUGGAAAACUAUGUGAAUAUGCUGCAAAGAACGCAGUGCGUAUGCCCAAGAUAUCAGAUUCUCUCGAGCAAAGGUGUUAUAAGGAAUUGAGGAAUGAGAAUUUCCAGUCGGCAAAGAUAGUCAUGUGCAUAUACAGAAGGCUUCUGGUCACUUGUAAGGAGCAAAUGCCUCUUUUCUCUAGUGGUUUUCUAAGGACGGUACAAGCUCUGUUGGAUCAAACUCGACAAGAUGAAAUGCAAAGAGUUGGAUGUCAAUCUCUUUUCGAAUUUGUAAAUAAUCAGAAGGAUGGCAGUUCCUUGUUUAACUUAGAAGGCUUUCUUCCAAAGCUGUGCCAAUUAGCACUGGAAGGUGGGGGUGAUGACAGAUCGCGGAGCCUGCGUGCAGCCGGACUUCAAGCCCUUUCUGCAAUGAUUUGGCUGAUGGGUGAAUACUCUCAUAUUCCCAGCGACUUUGACAAUGUUGUCUCAGCAGUCUUGGAAAAUUACGGUCUCCCCAAAAAAUUAACAAAUGCUAAUGAUAGUAGCAGAAAAUGGGUGGAUGAAGUCUUGAAAAAUGAAGGUCAUGUAGCUCAUGCAGAUUCCCUCAUUAAUGUUCCUUCUUGGAGAACGGUUGUGAAUGAUAAUGGUGAAUUAAAUGUUAAAAUGGAAGAUUCCUUGGACCCUAGCUUUUGGUCCAAGGUUUGCCUGCACAACAUGGCCAAGCUAGGUGAAGAGGCCACAACCAUGAGACGUAUACUCGAGUCUUUGUUCCGUUACUUUGAUGAGGGAUAUUUAUGGUCAACGGAAAAUUCGAUUGCAUUACCAAUUUUGAGGGAUCUGCAAUUUCUAAUGGAAAUAUCUGGGCAAAGAACACACUUUCUACUCUCCAUGUUAAUUAAACACCUGGAUCAUAAAAGUGUGCUUAAACAGCCAAGCAUGCAGCUCAACAUUUUAGAGGUUACCUCCUCCCUUGCUGAAAAUGCAAAAGUUGAACACUCAGCAGCAAUAGUCAGCGCAAUAAGUGAUAUCAUGAGGCACCUCAGAAAAGGCAUGCAUUCUUCUCUAGAUGAAUCAAAUCUGGGAACUGAAGUAGCAAACUGCAACAGAACGGUCAGUGUAGCUGUUGAUAAGUGCCUCGUCCAACUAACGAAAAAGGUUGGAGAUGCUGGCCCCAUUCUAGAUGCUAUGGCUAUGAUGUUGGAGAAUAUCUCAGCUGUCACAGAUGUAGCAAGGACCACAAUCGCUGCUGUUUUUCGCACUGCUCAAAUUGUAGCCUCUAUACCAAACUUGUCAUAUCAAAACAAGGCUUUUCCCGAGGCCUUAUUCCAUCAGUUACUUCAAGCGAUGGUCCAUCCAGAUCAUAAAACACGGAUUGGCGCCCACAGUAUAUUUUCUGUUGUGCUGGUACCAACCUCAGUGUGCCCUCGUCCCUCCUCGACCACUACUGACCUUAAGAAAGGAAUGGGUCUUCCUCGUUCACUUUCAAGGACUGCGUCUGUCUUUUCCUCCUCAGCAGCCCUUUUCGAGAAGCUAAAGAAGGACAAAUUUUCGUCAAUUCUAACUUCUGAUCAGAGCCAAAACGAAUUGCCUGAGGAAUCUGGAAUCAAUAGGGGGGAAAUCCUUGACAGAUUGAAAUCUUCAUACAGUCAGGCAUAUAGCACUUGGAAUCAACCAGUGACCUCGGUCGCAGAUAACUCUGUGUCUCUUUUAAACGCUGAGCUGGAUGCUGUUUCUAUAAGGCUAAGUAGUCAUCAGAUAGGUCUUUUGCUUUCAUCAAUCUGGGCGCAAUCCAUAUCUCCUGCAAAUACACCCGACAAUUAUGAGGCGAUUGCUAACACCUACAGUCUUGUAUUGUUGUUCUCUCGUGUAAAGAAUUCAAGUCACGACGCUUUGAUUCGAAGUUUCCAAAUGGCACUUUCUUUGCGAGAUAUUUCUUUAAUGGAUGGAGGUCCACUUCCUCCAUCCCGACGAAGGUCACUCUUCACUCUGGCUGCAUCAAUGGUUCUUUUUUCCUCAAAAGCAUUCAAUCUUUCUUCUCUGGCGGAUUACACAAAAGUAGCACUUCAGGGACCAAGGCUUGACCCAUUCUUGCACUUGGUUGAAGAUCACAAGUUGAAAGCUGUAAAUCCAGAUCAGCUGCUGACAGAUGCUUAUGGAUGCGAGGAAGAUGAUGCUUCAGCUUUAGAUACUCUUUCAAACAUAGCAGUCUCCACUGAACAUAGCAGAGGAACCCUUGUCUAUGAAAUUGUCAAAAGCUUAGAAGAUUUGUGCAAUUCUGAAAUGGACAAAAUGCGGGAGCAGCUGCUCACUGAAUUCAUGCCGGAUGAUGCAUGUCCACUUGGAACCCGCUUUUUAGAAGACACACAGAAAUCCUUUCAGGUUGAUUUCGGAGAUGUUAAACCCCAAAAGGAUGCGGCACUCUUGUCUCACGAAGAUCAAGAGUUUGGAGAUGGAACUGAAACCGUUGCAAAGAAUAAUCCUGUAACAGUUGCUGAAAUCCCAGACCUCUUAUCCGUCAACCAAAUUCUAGAAUCUGUCGUAGAGACAACACGUCAAGUGGGUCGUAUUUCCUUCCAUACUGCAGCCGAUGCUUCGUACAAAGAAAUGACGCUACAUUGUGAGAAUCUGUUAAUGGGUAAACAGCAGAAGAUCUCGAGUCUUUUGAAUUCUCAGCUACGACAUGAGAGUUCUGUUAAUUGCUCUCCACGACAACAGGAUGAAGAGAUUAAGAUCGCAACUUUCGAACCUAUGAUCAAUUCAGCAUUUCACACCGAGGUCGAAGUCCCUUUACUGGGGAAGGAAUUUGACAUGAAGUCGCCAAGAACACCAAUGGGAAUGAAAUCGCCAAGAACACCAGUUGGAACUAUUCAGACACAGUGCUAUUCAGAACUCCAAAAUAACCCAGAAGCAUAUAAACUACCAGCCUCGAGCCCUUACGACAACUUUCUUAAAGCUGCUGGCUGUUGA